ACGGGAAGUUAUGAUGGAAGAGGAGAAGAGACUUGGGGGAGACUCGGAUCGCAUCACUCGAAACGUACUGAUGCUCGACAAAUGUCACAAGAUUAAGCUUCGUGUAGUUGCUAUAAAUGAGAGAGAGAGACGUCGUCGUCGUUCAUCCUCAAAAAAAAAACCUAAAGUUUCAACCUUUGCUAGUCAAAAAGAAAAAACAAAACCAUGGCUUCGUACAGCGAACCUUACGUCUCGAAUGGGACAGGAGUCUUCUGGGACAUGGACGAAUGCAAGAUCCCUGAGGGACGCACCGAAGCUGACCUCGUACCGUUUAUUAGACAGAUGCUGUUGGGUGUUGGUCUACGCGGUCCCGUUUCGAUCCGGAUCUAUGGCGAUUUGACCGGCCUUGACUUUCAAGCCUCCACGGAGGCCGAUCAUGUUAAGCUCAGUCAUUUUCACGCAGGAGAGAAACGUGAGAAGAUGACGAAGAUAUUGGAGGACAUAGUUGCGUGGUCAGGUGAGAAUCCGGAACCAUCGUUGGGAGUACUAGUCUUGGGACACUUGGGAGCCGCAGAUGAUGCUGACAUCACCGAGGUUACUGAGCUUCUCAAGACUCAGAAGAACUAUCACUUUGUGUUUGCGACUCCAGGAUCUCCUCCUCCAACGGUUGUGAGGUUUCUCAGGGCUAUUCCUCGUGGUGGACUCUAGUUCUUUUCUUUUUUUUUUUGGUUUGAAUAACAUUUUCAAUAAAGGACAAAAGUAAUUUCUAGUUAAUGUUGGAUAAUCAAAAGAUGAUUAUGUUUAUGUCUCGGAAGCAAAAGAUGAUUAUCGAUCAGAUGUUUUAUUUUACAA